AAUCGCGAUAUUGAUCGUCGCGCUCGCCUAAUUUUCACCAGCUUUUUAAUAUUGUUGUACCACGCAAGUACGAGUUGACAUCCGAAGAUCUGUUCGCUCUUAAUAUUCAAUAUUCUUAUAUUCAGAAGAUCUGUGCACAAGACUCAAAUAUGUCCCUACACCAAGGAACCACGAUAUCUUGUCAUAAUCUUCAAUACACAGUAGAUAUUGGGCAGAAAUGCAAGAAAGGUCAAGAAAAGGUCAUCCUAAAAGGAAUCACGGGAGUGUUUGAGUGUGGAAUGAAUGCCAUCCUAGGACCCACUGGGAGCGGAAAAACAUCUUUAUUAGACAUCCUGGCUGGUAGGAAAGAGAAGGAGGGAGUUAGAGGGGAAGUAUUGAUUAAUGGGAAUGACAUCCCAAGGAACUUCAAGUGCUGCUCAGGAUAUGUUGUCCAGGAUGAUGUUGUCAUGGGAACACUGACGGUGAGAGAGAACCUUGCAUUCUCCGCUGCCUUAAGGCUUCCUUCUACGGUAUCUCAGAAGGAAAAAAAGGAAAGAGUGGAUGAAACCAUAACUGAGCUUGGAUUGGAAGACUGCAAAGAUACAAAAGUUGGGACCAUGUUCAUACGUGGCGUGUCCGGGGGAGAGCGGAAACGGACCAACAUUGGGAUGGAGCUAGUCAUUGGACCAACUGUUUUGUUCUUAGAUGAACCAACAACUGGACUGGAUGCAAACACUGCUUAUACUGUCAUGAGCCGACUUGCUGUACUGUCCAAACGAGGGCGUGCUAUUAUCUUCUCUAUUCAUCAGCCGAGGUUCACUAUAUUUCAACUCUUUGACACGCUUCAUCUCUUAUCAAAGGGAGAGACAGUGUACCAUGGUUCAGCUGAUGAUUCUAUUGACUACUUUUCAUCUAUCGGUUUGGAAUGUGAAGCUCACAAUAAUCCACCUGAUUUCUUCCUUGAUGUGAUUAUCAAGAACUCAAGCACAGCGCCCUCAAUAGAACGAGACCCCGAAAGUCAUUCAUCCGUCAAACUGGAAUCUAAGCUGGAGGAAGGCGUGGCCACCACUGAAAUGAACAACAUGAACGCUAAUACAGUGGAUCUCACAAAGAGUUAUAAGAGUUCUCGUUUCUAUCAUGAGGUAGAAGCAAAAGCAGCAGAGAUCAUUAAACUUCAUGAUAACAACCCAGGAACUAUCGCCCUUCCAGAUUAUGAUUAUGCAUCAGGAUUUUUUACUCAGGUCUCUGUGGUAGCUAAAAGAGCCGCUAUCAAUUAUAGAAGGAGUAUUCAAGUAUCAGUUGUACCGUUGGUAAUGGGGUCCUUCAUUGCAUUAAUUAUGGGGAUGGUGUAUUUCCAGGUGGACACCUCAUAUCCAGCUGGCACUCAGAACAGGACUGGUGCCUUCUUCUUUGCGAGUAUCUUCAUGGUCUUUAGUAAUAUCAGCGCCUUGGAACUGUUUGUAGAUGAACGUAAAAUAUAUAUCCAUGAGUCGAGUAGCGGUUUCUAUCGGACUUCCUCCUAUUUCAUCUCUAAGGUUUUAUGUGAUUUGGUUCCAAUGAGGGUUCUUCCCACAUUAGUUUUUGCUGCUAUCUAUUACUGGAUGAUAGGAUUUCGAGCCGAGGCGGGUGCAUUCUUCAUCUUUCUCUUGACAUUGAUACUGGUUACAUUCUGUGGUACUGCCUUGGUCUUUCUUAUCUCAAUCAAGGUUGGCAUUGUGAGUGUGGGUCUCAGUCUGGUAGCUGCAUCAAAUAUCAUCAUGUUUGUGUUUGCAGGUGUUGUGGUUAACACCUCUUCUAUACCCGAUUGGCUGGAAUGGGUGAAAUAUUUCAGUAUCAUCAGAUACUCUGUCAAUGCUUUGAGUAUCAAUGAGUUCAAAGGCUUGACAUUCUGUCGAAACAAUAGAACGGAUAGUUGUAUCACUGGAGAGGAGUACUUGUCUGACUUGGAUGUAUCAAUAUCUGACUGGGAUCUGUGGCAGAAUCAUGUAGCUCUAUCUUGCAUCAUGAUCAUACUGUUUGCUCUCUCUUACAUAUUUCUACUCAGGGUACCUAAACACAAAUAGGUCAAGGUUAAGAGGUCAUCUUAGGGUACCUUAACACGAAUAGGUCAAGGUGAAGGUCAUAAUAGAGUUCCCAAACACCAAAAGGUCCGUGUUAAGGUCAUCUUAGGGUAUCCAAACACAAAUAGAUCAAGGUUAAAGGGGAAUCCAGCCUUGGCCAUAGAAUGUUGUGUUGGGAAGGAGAAAAAUAAAUUAAACAGAAUGGUGAAAGUUUGAAAGAAAUCGGACAAGCAAUAAGAAAGUUAUAGCUGCUGUAAAACUGAGAUCAAUAAUACUAUGUAGAUUUCAAAUUGGCAACUGGGUAAGUAAAUUAUGACAAGGGGCAAGGACAACUUUCCCAUAGGCCAUGUACUUUAUUAUCAGGGAUUUGUGGUUUUCUCCUAAGUACCCAUUCCCCUGGGGCAGUAAUCUAAUUAUAACCCAGGUAGUAUAUUGUUUUAUGUCCCCAUG